AGCCUCUGUCACCCGCCCACCAGUCGGUUCCUGCUUAGUGUUAUGUGGCAAUAAGAACGCCAACGAAACUAAAGGAAGAAGGCCCUAAACAGCCCAAUUCUCUCAAGAUUUGCAUCUUCUAGUCCUGCAGUUUACCCCCUUCAACUAACAUGCUUCGCCUGACUGUAGGGCGCGUGGGAAGCCUCCUGGCCAGGCGCGCAGCCAUGCCCUUGGCCACCAGCAGUGCAAGGAUGGCAAGCCACGGUCAUGAGGUGACAACUACGGUGGACAUGUCUAAGCCACUGUACUGCGACCGUCAGGACACACCUCUACCUGACAGAGCCUACAAAGACGUCCUGGACGCUGCUGACAAGGGUCUGAAACAGAAGGAGAAAGGACCCUGGGGCCAGCUGAGCAAAGAGGAGAAGAUUGCCCUGUACCGGAUAAUGUUCUGUCAGACCUACGCAGAGAUGAAGCAGCCGUCAGAUGAGUGGAAGACCGUCUUGGGGGCUGUCUUCAUCCUCCUAGGCAUGUCUGGCCUGAUCGUGUGGUGGCAGAGCAUCUACGUCUAUCCUGAACGCCCCAGGACCUUCGACGAAGAGUGGAAGGCCAAGCAGCUAAAGAGGAUGUUGGACAUGAGGAUCAACCCCGUCGAGGGCUUCUCAGCCAAGUGGGACUAUGAGAAGGGCCAGUGGAAGUAAAGAGCAUGCGGCAGAGGUGGCACAGAGCCUGGACCCAUCACCUCCAUUGCCUUCAUGAAGCUGCUGUUGUGAAGUCCAUUUCCAUUUGAAUGUUGCACUGCAGCUGUCAAAACCACUAGAAAGACAGAGAACGUCCAUUGUGAAUGUUUCUGGAGCCAGUUAACUCUGUGCCACCUGCGGCUCUCUCUGCUUCACCCACCUCAGGCUGCUGUCAUGGUGACAACUGUAUCCGUCCUGUUGUACACAUAAUAAUAAUAAUAAUAAAGGCUUGCUUGUA